UGCAGGAUACUUGAGCAUCCGCAGCAUUAUACUUCAUGUUAUAGGUAAGCCAAUAAACCUCUCUUAAAGGACAUCUCUAUCAUAUUUCAAGUGUGCCCAUCCCCUCCCCCCCUCCCCAGAGCGUUUCACGCGGCAUUUAUCUAGUCAUGUAUCCCACGGACAGGGAAUUUGUCUUCUAAGGUCUUUUCCCCGGGGUUGAAAAAUUUGUUAUUGUUGAAUUUCACUUUUCUCAUCCAUCUAGGUCUUCGCAAUGCGGUUAAUCUUCUGGCCACCGCGGGUUUACGGCCAAUUAGCUUUUUAGGGGGGAUCGCUGAAAACUUUGGAAGGAUUCAGAGUGGGGACCACUCAAAUUUGCUUGGAAAAUGAAGACGUGAGGGGGGGGGGAUCUCGCAAGUCAUCAAAAGUUAUUUGGGGGGAUCGGCUAAAUUUCAUCUUGUUUAGUCCCAAAUCCUCCGCCCCCACUACAGGCGAUAAAUAAUGACCGGUCCCUAAGUACCAGUAUGUUUUCGACUAUUGAUAAGAACAUUUACAACCACCACUUCAUUUCAACAGACUGUAACCACACCAUCCCUUCAUAACCAAAUUAGCACUCCCAGCCUUCCACAACUACCUCACUUCAAGACCUAAAAUCAUUUUUACCUUCCAAUAAGAUGUUACUUCUUAUCGAAUUCUAUGAGAAACCAGUUUCGCUGAAUUACGGUAUUAGAUUUGACAUAAACCAUUCCAUUUCAAAAAUUUAUUCCUCAAAUGAUACAGAAUUUUGCAAAAGAAAAAGUACACAGGUCUAUCAAGCGAGAGCUGAGCUUUCAGAAAAUUGAUAUUACAAACAACGCUUUAGCCAUGACAAUGAGUUUUUAAAGGGACUUUGCUGCAAGUAGAACUUUUACAAUGAUUUUUCGUACAUUGUGCUGUGAAUGAUACACCACAGGAAAAUGCAAGUAGGCAUCCAAAUUGCAAGUCCUUAACGCAGUAAUCGUGCAAAAACAAUUGAACUUAAACUCGCACUAUAGUUCUCUGAACGAAUGCAUUUUCGGCUUUGUAUAGCAUGUUCCGACCCUCUCGGGAUGGAGAGCAGAAAAAUAACCGAUGGCCAGAUCACAGCUUCAACCGUAUGGGACGCUGCACACGGCGCCACCAAUGGCAGACUCAAUUUCAAGGCUGGAGGAGGUAAGACUGGUGCAUGGUCCGCCCUCAGAAAUGACGUUCAUCAGUGGUUACAAGUGGGUCUUGGAGCUAAAACCAAGGUGACAGGAAUACAGAUCCAGGGACGACAAGACGCGGAUGAAUGGGUUGCGAGCUUUACUAUCUCCUACAGCAGCAACGGCACCACCUAUACACCUUAUCAGAACAGCAAGGUAAGGAAACAGAUGAAAAUCGUAGCAAGACAAACUCUAGCAAUUAAUUAAACUAAAUGAAUCUCGACUCUGUAACAUGAAAUUGUCUCAAAAUAUUAGUCCCACAUUAAAAACUUAGCAACACUGUUACCCUCCACAAGUAACUAACCAGUUUAACCUUUUAAAAAUACUUCAUUUAUCUGCUGCAGGUCUUUAAUGGAAACACGGACCGCAACACCGUGGUUUUGAACGUUUUGAACCCUUCCAUAGAUGCACGCUACAUUCGGGUGCAUCCUAAGACGUGGCGUGGCCAUAUUUCUAUGAGGAUGGAACUCUUAGGAUGUCCGUUAGGUACUAACAUUUUCUUUUCAUUUUCUUGUCAAUAAACAAACGGGUUUCCACUUAAUCGACAAAAGCGCUCGACUAUCUCCUCGCAUACUCAUUCAACUACAGUUCGGUCUUAUAUUAAUUCCUUUGAAUAAUCAAAGAGCCAAAUAUGCAAUCAAUUUGAUAGCAAACACCGUUAUGUGUUUUACCUUAUCAUACUUACAAACCACGGGGGCGUCGAAAAUUAAAAGGGAACUACUUACAAACCAGGGGCAUAGCCAGCUCUUCGACAUGUUGCAGGCCUGUUCCCUACAGGUAGCGUCGAAGGAGACCGGGUAAUACGCUGCACUGGAAUUUUUCUCAGGUUACACAACCCGACCUUCAAUGUUCUGGCUUAUUCUUUUUAUUUCUUUUAA